GUAGUACACUUUGCUUACACUGCAAAAGCAUAAUAGCCCCUUAUUCAUCAAAAACCAAAAUGAUGUUGAAGAAGCAAUCUCAUCUCUUUUCCUUCUCACUUGCAAUACUAAUUUCUCUUUUGGAUUCCACAACCAUUACUUUAUCCCAAUUAUCACCUGCUAAUGCUCCAAUACAACCUACACUUCCAGCUCCAACCCAACCAGCUGCAUCCCCUAAACCAUUGGUACCUUCCUUACCAGAAUCACCUACUGACUCCACACCUGACACUGCAGGCACAGCGGUUGACAUAGUCGGAAUCCUGAGAAAAGCCAAGUCAUUCAACGUCUUAAUCCGACUCAUGAAAACAACUCAAUUGAUCAACCAACUCAAUUCGCAACUAUUGACUACAAAAACAGGUGGCUUAACGAUUCUUGCACCAGAUGACAGUGCUUUCUCAGAACUCAAAGCAGGAUUCCUCAACUCUCUUUCUGAUGGACAGAAACUCGAGCUCUUACAGUUCCAUGUUAUUUCAGACUACGUAUCAAGCUCUAACUUUGAUAUUCUAACCAACCCAGUGAGAACACUUGCCGGAGCUAAACCAGGAAAGGUGGAACUGAAUGUUGUGAGUUACGGUGGCAGUGUGAACAUAUCAACAGGUGAAGUGAACACUACAAUCAAUGGCAUUAUAUAUACCGAUAAGCAUCUUGCUAUCUAUAAAGUUGCCAAAGUGCUUCUUCCUAUGGAUUUCUUUUCAGUCGCUAAGGCACCGAGGAAAGGACCGGCUUUGGCACCGGAACCUUCUGCACUGACUCCAAAAGCAGAAAAAGAGAAGCCACUAUCACCAGAUUCCUCUGAUUCAUCUGUUAAACCAACAAACGAUAACUCCGGCAAUGUGAAAAUAAGUGUAUCUGGAAAGUUGGUUGUGUCUCUUGUUUUUGGAGCAGUUCUUGUAUCUAUAAUGGGACAAUAAAUCAGAAUGUGAUUACUGAUUUGGAUUUAAUUACCAACAUGAGUUUUAUAAAAAUAUGAAAGAUAAAAAAGGAGUGAAUGCUGGUGAUGAAUUUCUCAAACUGGGUACGAGGAUCUGAGAUUAUUGUGUGUCUAUGAAUUUAUUACAAUAUUAUUUUGUUAUGGUGGUUACUGUAAUGUACCUUUUUUGUUGUGUUAUAAAAGUUCAAUUUACAGAUACA